CCACCACACCCGAUACAUUCCACCCAAAAGCUAAGUGCUCUUGGCUCGGAAACUAGUCUACACUGCACUACAACAACCAACACUCACUCGCUCGCCACUUCGAACGUCUCUUGUUGUUACAACAACAACGUUUGUGACUAGACACACACAGCACGCACGCACACGCACAGCCGCCAGUCGCCAGUCACCGUCCACACGACACACCACGGCCAAGCCACCAAGCACCCAACCGACCCGGCCCCUAUCCCAUAUCCCUUGCCUCCUUCCUUCCGCCCACUUCCAUCCACUCACCCCUCACCUCCAUCACACCCACAUCGCACCCGACAACAACAGCCAACACCAACCCCCUAGCAUCUCACACCCACCAGCACAGGCCACGAUGGCCCUCGUGCCACCCGCCCCCGCGAGCCCAUCGCGCCAUGCAUCCCUCCUCGCCGUAGACCGCCAGUCGCCGUCGCCACCCCUCUCUCCAGUCGCUGCAAAGCCGUUUAUUCCCCGCCGAGCGUCGGCCAUGCCACCACAGGCUGCCGCUGCUGCAGCUUCUGCGGCGGCGGUGGCGGCGGUGGACUCGUCGAACACGGGCACGACAGCGUCGUCCGCCUCGGUGCCCGCCACGACGGCCGGCCUGACAACAGCAACAACGGCGUCGAGCGUCGCUGUCCCCACCCCGCCCGAGGAGACCUCGGGAGAUACGGCAGCGGCCCCGUCGUCAACGUCUGUGCCCGACGCCAUUACCGACGUCGGGUCGUCGCUCGCCCCGUCGCGUGCCCGUACCCAGCCUAGCACAAUGGCCAGCAGCACUAGCAUCAACAACCUAGCGCUGACUGCGCCCGUGACUCAAGGCACGCCCCUCACUGGCGCGGGCAAGAUGGCCGCAGCGGCUGCGUCGCUCAAGCGCGGCGCUGGCAGUGAUGAGAUCCGAAGGGAGCUGCUGUUCAAUGACGAGGAGCACCCCCUAUCCGAUAAGGUGCUCGCUUCGAGAGGAUACCACACUCUGCAUACACUGCAGCAUCUGUUCCACGUGCCCGACCGCUGGCGCCUACUCAGACCACUCGGCCAGGGCGCCUACGGCCUCGUUGUCAGCGUGCAGGACUCUAUCAGUGGCGAGCCCGUGGCUGUAAAGUGCAUCACACGGGUGUUUGACAAGCCGAUCCUGGCGCGUCGUGCAUUGCGCGAGAUUACGCUGCUCAGGCACUUUGGCGAGCACGAAAAUCUGACCGGCCUGAUCGACCUCGACAAUGUCUGGGACGGUUACAAUGAAAUCUACCUUUACAUGGAACCUAUGGAGGCCGACUUGCACCAGAUUGUCCGCUCUGGCCAGCCUCUGUCCAACCUGCACAUUCAGUUCUUCCUCUACCAGCUGCUGCGUGGAAUGAAGUACAUUCACUCGGCAAACGUCAUUCAUCGCGACCUCAAGCCUGGUAACCUCCUUGUCAACUCGGACUGCGAGCUCAAGAUUUGUGACUUUGGCCUCGCCCGCGGAUUUGUGCCAAUACAAGGAGAGGCGGGCCAGAAUGACGAGCUCAAGUUGACAGAGUACGUUGCCACACGAUGGUACCGCGCACCAGAGAUCAUGCUCUCCAACCGCCGCUACACCACUGCCAUUGACGUCUGGUCUAUCGGCUGUAUCCUUGGCGAGCUCCUCGGCGGCAAGCCAAUGUUCAAGGGCAAGGACUACGUCGACCAGCUCAACCUCAUUCUCGCCGUUCUCGGCACUCCCGAUGACCCCACGCUCGACCGCAUCGCCAGCGAGAAGGCUGCCAACUAUGUGCGGUCGCUGCCAAAGAAGGAGCGUGUGCCGUUUGAGGACGUCCUGCCGGACGCAGAGCCGGACGCGGUCGACCUCCUGGGCAAGCUCCUCGCCUUUGACCCCGCCGAGCGUCUCGACGUCACCACUGCCCUUCAACACCCAUACGUUGCUGCGUACCACGACCCUGCCGAUGAGCCUGUCUGCGAGUUCCCAUUCGAAAAGUGGCAGCAGGUCGAGUCACUGCAGACGACCGAGGAGCUCCGGGAAGCCAUCACGCGCGAGAUUGCCGAGUACCGCGCCGAGGUCCGCGGCCUGGCCGAGCUCGAGGAGGGCUUUGUCGAGGACGAGUUUGAGGAGGAGCAGGAGGAGGAGGCACUCGACCACGGCGACGAGCUGGAAGAGGUCGUCGAGGAGCCAGAACAAGAGGAAAAGGAGGCGGCGGCAGUGCCAUCCGCUCUUAACACGGGCGUCACGGAGGAUGGUAACUCUACAUUCAUCGCCUCGCCCGUCGCAUCCGAAGAGCUUACCCUUUCUCCCGACCGCACCCGUACGGCUCUGGGUGCAGCAGCCAUGGCCGGCCGGUCGCCACGGCCGCGGCGUACAGCGCUUCCGCCGACAACACGGCGAUCUCGGGACACGAGCCCGAUUACCCGACGCUCGCGUGACACGAGUCCCUACACGCCUGUCACCGGCAUCUCCGAGGACUCGUUUGGGCACAGCGCUGGCCCACCCACUGGCGCGUCGACCAUGGGACGCACUGCGCGCCGCUCGUCGAGCCACUCGGUCACUCACCGCCGAUCCAUGUCGUUCCUUUUCGGCGGCGGCCUCGGCAUGACGGGCUUGUCCAUGACUGCGGCCUCUGGACCGAACGCCCCCGGGCCCAACAGCAACGCCAUUGGCACUGGCUCGAGCGGCGAGUACACUGCUGGAUCAGUGUCUGGCCGACGAAGCCGCGCUCCAUCCUCGUCUGCUGGUGGCGGUGAGAUGGGCUCUUUGCGACCACUCAUUCGCCGCUUGAGCACUGCCAACCUGACCGAGCUGCAUGCGACCGACGACGAGCCUCUGAUCACCAACUCGCCGAGCGACGGGCCAAUCACGCUGAAUGUGAAGGGACGUCGAGGAUCACGACGGGGGUCAAAGGGGUCUUCGCGGCGGUCGGUAUCGGGGGAGGGGUCGGUGGCAUAGCGUGUAGGCGCGUAGGCCAGCGACGUCGACGCGGGCAGGCGGCGAGUGGAAGACGCCCGCUCUCUCUCCUUAAAUCAAGCUACGUCGAUAGUCACCGUCAAUGACGCGCUACGUGGUUGACCCAGGACACUGGGUCGGCAGCGAGGCCGACGUUGCCGACGCCGCCGAGGCCACCCUGUGUGGCUUGGACACUGUCGUCAAAAUAGAGCACAGAGGAAUACAAUCAUCAUCAUAGUAGCCCAAUCUAUAGUCCAUUUCUGCAUUUGUCAUCAUGGCGUAG